AUGAUGGUCAAGCCAGAUUUGCCAGAAAAAAAUCAGUGUUUUAUGAUCACAGGAAUCGAUUGGAGAUGGUCCCAGAUUAUUUCUAGCCUGUUUGAAUUGAAAUAUACUUCCCAUGACUUGCCAGUGCUACAAAAGCAUUUUUCCUGGGGGUUCUUGAUCCACCUGAACACGAUGGUCGAGCCAGAUUUCCCAGAAAAAAUCGCGUUCUUGAGAUAUACAAGGUGUAGGAAUCGAUUGGUGAUAAUCCUGGACCACCUGGAGAUCAAUAUUGGUGACAUAUGGUGGUGGGGCCAAAAUAAACCGGUGCCCUACGCUGUAGCUCCACAUAAGCCUUUGCAAGUCAGUCAACUGGGACAUCACUGA